UGCUGAAAAAAAAGGAAAAAAAUCGUAAACAAACCCCACUGGUGGGAGAAAACAGUGCGCGUCUCAUUAGAAAAGCUCUGCUUACUCAUCAGUAACCUCGUGAAUUGGAGAUACAUAGCAAGUUGUUCGUCGCUGCGGAAGAUUGGUCAGCAAGAUGAUUGCAACCAGAGUUCGAUUUGGUGGUUUGCAGAAUAUUGUGCAGCGACAAUUUUGUGGCAGUCUGCAGCCGAAACGAUAUACAACCGUCCAGUAUCAACGCAUCGCAAAUGUCGCCACGGCCAACGCGCUGAUAAGUGAUACGAAAACAAGGGCCUCUCCAGUGACGUUAGGCGGUCAUAGGAUGUAUUCCAGCAUUAACUAUUUGCGUGGCGAUUUGGAGUGUACAGCCGGGACGAUGAACGAUGUAAAACAAACGAUAAUACAAAAGCUUGGAAUCGAAGUCGGGUACACGCCGUUCGUGAGCACCCGCGAACAUUUGGUAAAGUACGUGCCGCAAUCGGUCAGUGCCCUGCCGCCCCGCAGUAUGCAGGAUUCAUUUACAUCGGCCAUAAUUCCGCUGACAACAGAUAAAAUUCUCAAGGACAAGUACGUCGGUUUCAUGGGAAACGUUCGCGUUGGUCGGUUGAUGGAAGAUAUGGACAUGUUUGCCGUUUGGGUCGUUCAUAAGCAUGUACUCGUGCCGGAUCUACCGGAAGGAGUUUCAUUGCCGUACACGUUUGUAACCGUUUUGGUUGACAAAAUAGACUUUACCGAUCUAGUGCCAACGCAUGAUGCUGACAUUCGGCUUUCCGGCCAUGUGAGCUGGGUAGGCCGUACGUCGGUGGAGGUAGUGGUCUGGAUGGAACAGAAGCUGCAUGGCAAGUGGCGCAAGCUUACCCGUGCACUGUUUCUGAUGGCCGCUAGGGACGCUACCAACACCAAGGCAGCCUUCAUAAAUCCCCUAGUGCCUGCUAACGAAGAGGAGAAAGCAAUCUUUGACGGAGGAGAAUCACGCAAAAAACGACGCAUACAGAUGCAGCAGGAAGAUUUGCUUAAGACGGAACCGAACGACUUCGAACAGCGCAUGGUGCACGAGCUGUUCGUGAAAUCGAUCGAUACGAAAAGCAAAGCGUUCAACAAACGUAUCCUGCCGCCCGGUUACGUAUGGAUGGAGGAUGCCACCAUGGCGAACAUCGUGUUUUCCCAUCCCGAAGAUCGUAACGCGCACAACAAAGUGUUUGGCGGCUUUCUGAUGCGCAAUGCGCUAGAGUUGAGCUGGGCGUUGGCGUACAACUUUGCCAAGCGACGUCCUAAGCUGGAACACAUUUCGGACAUUAGCUUCCAUCAUCCGGUAGACGUCUCGUCGAUGCUGAACAUGCAGGCCCAUGUCAUCUUUACCGAUCUUCACUAUAUGGAAAUUGUCGUUCUGGCGGAUGUGUACGAUGCCGUCACUGGACAGCAAACGACGACCAACAGUUUCUACUACACGUACUCGGUCGCUGAACGAUUGCCGAAGAUAAUGCCCAAGACGUACCACGAGGCGAUGUAUUAUUUAGACGGACGGCGAAAGUUCCGCUACGCGAUGGGUAUAGAUACGGCAACGGCAUCGAGUCCGCCACCGGCUACCGGAACAACGGAUACCACCAAAAGUAAAUUGUAAACUAGAUAGAUGGAGCAGAAGUUGUGGUUGAAGCUGAGCGUUUGGGUUUGUUGGUGAGAUUCUUUUUUAUUAUUAUUUAUUUGCCUUAUUUUGCUUUGAAAGCACUUCAACGUCUGACGUUCUCCAAGCAGCUUACAGUGACUUAAUUCUGUUACACAUAUUAAUAAUUACACUACAUGAAGACGUUGGCUCUAAUUCGACAAUAAACGAAGCAAUUUUUAUUUAGUAACAAGAGAAA